AUGAAAGUUUUAUAUAGAAAAUAAUUUGUGUUUUUAAAGCAAAGAAUUUAUUUUUAAAGUAGAGAAUUUGUGAUUGUAAAACUGAGAAUUUGUGUAAUCCUCUAUAUCGUCGAUAUGACAGUUUUUCUUGAAUGUAACCUGAAUCUGAACUUUGCGUAAUAUCUCGGUUCGCGGAGCAAAGCGACACUUUUUUUCUAUCAGAUUCGUUCAUUUUGUGCAAAAACGCGUCGAAUGUGUCUAAUUUUAUCAAAAUCGGCGAGUAAAAAAACAAGAUAGCUAGAAGUGUUUGUCAACGUUAAAACGUAAUCGUCUUCUUCCAUUAAAAUAUGCCAGGGGUUACAGAGAUGUCGUUGGAUCAUAUGUUUUGUUCUCGGUGUAGAGAAGGUUUUGUUGCGCAUGAGAAAAUUGUUAAUUCAAAUGGUGAAUUGUGGCAUCCGCAGUGUUUUGUAUGCGCGCAAUGUUUCCGGCCAUUUCCAGAUGGAAUCUUCUAUGAAUUUGAAGGAUACAAAUAUUGUGAGCAUGAUUUUCAUGUUCUGUUUGCACCAUGUUGUGGGAAGUGUGGUGAGUUUGUUAUUGGCCGCGUGAUUAAAGCGAUGAAUUCAAAUUGGCAUCCACAAUGUUUCCGCUGCGAAGAAUGUAACGGUGAAUUGGCGGAUGCGGGCUUUAUCAAGUGUCAAGGCAGAGCCUUAUGCCAUACAUGCAACGCUAAUGUGAAAGCUGGUGUACUUGGAAAACAUAUAUGUCAUCAAUGCCACGGAGUAAUCGAUGAUAAACCUUUACGGUUCCGUGGUGAACUUUAUCAUCCUUAUCAUUUCAAUUGCACAACUUGUGGAAUAGAACUCAAUUCCGAAGCCAGAGAAGUCCGUUCUCGACCUGGCUAUGCUGCCAAUGAAAUGAACGAGCUCUAUUGUUUGCGAUGUCACGAUAAAAUGGGAAUCCCAAUUUGUGGCGCCUGUCGACGUCCCAUCGAAGAACGCGUAGUAACGGCACUUGGCAAACAUUGGCAUGUGGAGCAUUUUGUAUGUGCUAAAUGCGAAAAACCCUUCCUGGGUCAUCGCCAUUAUGAGAAAAAAGGUCUUGCUUAUUGCGAGACUCAUUAUCAUCAAUUGUUUGGGAAUCUCUGCUUUGUCUGUAAUCAAGUUAUCUCUGGAGAUGUUUUUACGGCGUUGAAUAAGGCAUGGUGCGUUCAUCACUUUGCAUGUGCAUUCUGCGACCAGAAGAUGAAUCAGAAGACCAAGUUUUUCGAAUUUGAUCUAAAACCCGCGUGCAAGAAAUGCUAUGAUAAGUUUCCGCAAGAGUUGAAAAAGCGAAUGCGACGUAUGUACGAUCUGAAUCCUAAGAGGAUUCCAUCAGCAUAAACAUAGAUCUCAGCUUCGGCGAGAUCUCUUCUGUAUAAUUCUUCAUAUUUAAUCAAUACUCAUUGAUUUGCUUGUAGUGCCUUUUUUGUUUUAAUAUUAAUAUAAGAAACUACAUUUAACUAUUUAUCAUAUUGUAAGCUACAUAGAGCCUACCAAAACUAUCAGUUAUUAUUUAUCAGUUGCAACACUUAUAAUUGCUAUAAUUAUUUUUUAAUAAAAGAUAUGAGUGCAUCUUCGACUUAAAAUAUCUUUUCUAAUUUGGUAUCUACGAAUAGGAGAGUGUGCAAUAGUUUUUCUAUAUGUAUACAUUUUGUGUAUGUGAAAUGUAACAUUAGUUUACACACACACACACACACACACACACACACACACACACACACACAGUGUUUCAAAUCUAACUUACCUAAUGACAGAAGUUAUUUUGAAAUUAAAAUUCUAUAAUUUUUCAUUUAAAACUAGCAAAUUAUACUGUUUUUACGCAUUCAGAUAUGUGCAUAUAACGCAAAAUGCUAAAAGUAAAGCUAAUAGUUGUCUAUUAUUAUCGAUAUAAAUAA